GCGUAUCCGCCAGUCUGCGGACCUCAUGGGGUGUAAAUCCUCUGAGUGAACACUCAGCGAAGCAACGGCACAGUUCGAGGACCAAGUACACGGGGUGGGACGGUAGGCCGUCGUUCUUCAGGCUGCAUUACCAAUUUUUUGUGGAGGAGUCAAGAGAGAGAGAGAGAGAGGAAACUUCCCGACGAGAGACAAUUAUGGGAGAUGAGCAGAGGAUUGGGGGUGGCUUUCCAGCCAUCGCCACCCCCGGAGUGACACGUGUCGGAUGGAUAGGAACGGGUGUGAUGGGACAAGCCAUGUGUGGUCAUCUCCUGGACAAGGGAUUUCAGGCAACGGUGUAUAACAGGACAAUAAGCAAGGCAGAGGCGCUCAGGGCUAAAGGUGCUGCAGUCGUCGACAGUCCUGAAGCGGUGGCAGAGAGGAGCGAUGUUGUUUUCACAAUCGUUGGGUACCCAAGCGACGUUAGGGAAGUAGUACUGGGCGCAAGGGGUGUUUUGAAAGGGCUGCAGCCGGGGGGGGUGGUAGUGGACAUGACCACCAGCGAGCCAACUUUGGCUAGGACGAUCGCUGAAGAAGCACGGAAGCGAGGGUGUUUUGCUGUGGAUGCGCCUGUGUCAGGGGGUGACAAGGGUGCUAAAGCGGGCACCCUGGCAAUAAUGGCAGGGGGUGGGCGAGAAGUGGUGAUGGCUUUGGAACCCCUGUUCGCGUGCAUGGGGAAGGUCACGUACUUAGGAGGGGCGGGAUGUGGACAGAGCUGCAAACUCGCAAACCAAGUGACAAUUGCGUCGACGAUGGUGGGACUGGUAGAGGGGAUGCUGUAUGCUCAUCGGGCAGGCCUCGAUGUGACAGUGUUCUUGCAGGCAAUUGCAGGUGGAGCCGCAGGGUCCAGAUCGCUAGACCUCUAUGCCUCUCGCAUUCAGAAACGUGACUUGGACCCAGGAUUUUUUGUCAAUCAUUUUGUGAAAGAUCUGGGAAUCGCCCUGGAAGAAAGCCAGAAGAUGAACCUUUCCCUGCCAGGUCUGGCUCUGGCGCAACAGCUGUACGUCUCUCUGAAGGCGCAUGGAGAAGGACAUCUUGGCACUCAGGCUUUGAUCCUGGCCCUUGAAAGGCUCAAUAACUUGCAAUUACCCCGACUGCAGUGACGGAGGAAAUUAGUAAAUUCAGACCAAAAAAAAAAAAAAAAAAAAAAAAGUAAAUUACCCAAAUUGGAUCAGUCCAUGGGGUGUGGUGAAGACUCGAGAACAAAACCGAAUGGGGAAGUUAUUUUGUUCACCGUCUUCGGCAGAUUGGGUGUGUGUAGGACAGAUCAGUUACCCAAGCAGAAGUUAAUGGAUGUAGUACGGAAGUGAAGAGGACAAGAAGACCAGAGGGGAAGAAGAGGAAACACAGAUCACUGCUGUCGCUCUGUCGAUGUAAGCGCAGACAUCGCAAGCGCAGACAUCGUAAGCGCAGACAUCGCAAGCGCAGAGAAGCAGACUUUGCAGUGAGAGAGAUUUUUUUGCUGUUCUGAAAAGCAAAUUGCAUUUGGCAGGCAGGCAGGCAAGCUACCUGUGUGUGGUCGAGCCUUUUGAGGUCCUCCUCUCUCCACGGAGUUUUCCCACAGCUCGCUUACGGUUGGGGGCCGGGAAGGGAGGGCUCUCUCAUAAAGGCGCUAUCAUCAUCAUCAUCAUCAUCAUGAGUAGUAGAGUACCACAUGCAUAACCAUGGUGGCGGAGUGUGGUGUGUUCAUCACAGGUCCUUUUGCAGGAUGUAACAAAGCUGACAACCAUGG